AACUCCCCCUUUUUCCCCUGCAUCUCUCAAACCCUCUCAAUACAACACACACCCAAAGCCAAAAAACCAAACAAAAACAAUCUUUACCAGCCAUGGCUAUGUCAGCUGCCACCACCCAAUCUUUCCUCCUUAAUAACAACAACAAAACCACCCACCAUAACCACCAUACCCUCAAAUCUACCACCUACCCCACCACCACAUACAAAUCCAUUUCCAUAACCUGCUCCGCCGCCACAACAACCACCACCCCCCUCACCCCCACCACCUCAGAUCGGGUCUUCAAUUUCGCUGCAGGACCCGCCACCCUCCCAGAAAACGUCCUCCUUAAAGCCCAAUCCGACCUCGUAAACUGGCGUGGAUCAGGCAUGUCUGUCAUGGAAAUGAGCCACCGUGGCAAAGAAUUCCUUUCCAUUAUCCAAAAAGCUGAAUCAGAUCUCAAAACCCUCCUUAACAUCCCCGAAAAUUACCAUGUUUUGUUCCUACAAGGUGGGGCCACCACCCAAUUCGCCGCCAUUCCUUUAAACAUAUGUUCACCAAAUGACACCGUUGAUUACAUCGUAACAGGUUCUUGGAGUGAUAAAGCUUAUAAAGAAGCUGUUAAAUAUUGCAAGCCUAAUGUUAUAUGGAGUGGCAAAUCUGAAAAAUAUACCAAGAUUCCAGGUUUUGAUGGUUUACAACAAAGCCAAGAUGCUAAGUAUUUGCAUAUAUGUGCUAAUGAAACUAUUCAUGGUGUUGAAUUUAAAGAUUAUCCAACACCCAUUAAUGAAAAAACCAUUCUUGUUGCUGAUAUGUCAUCAAAUUUCUGUUCUAAGCCAGUCGAUGUGUCUAAAUUUGGUAUUAUUUAUGCUGGUGCACAGAAAAAUGUGGGUCCAUCUGGUGUUACAAUUGUGAUUAUAAGGAAAGAUUUGAUUGGUAAUGCACAGGAAAGUACACCUGUUAUGUUGGAUUAUAAGAUCCAUGCUGAGAAUAAUUCUUUGUAUAAUACACCACCUUGUUAUGGGAUUUAUAUGUGUGGGCUUGUUUUUGAAGAUUUGUUGGAACAAGGUGGAUUGGGUGAGGUUGAAAAGAAGAAUAAAAAGAAAGCUGAGAUUUUGUAUGAUGCUAUUGAUUCAAGCAAUGGGUUUUAUAGGUGUCCAGUUGAGAAAUCUGUGAGGUCUUUAAUGAAUGUGCCAUUUACAUUGGCUAAACCUGAAUUGGAAGGUGAGUUUGUGAAGAUAGCUGCUGGUGAGAAAAUGGUGCAGUUAAAGGGACAUAGGAGUGUUGGUGGAAUGAGAGCUUCAAUAUACAAUGCUAUGCCUUUUGCUGGUGUUGAAAAGUUGGUAGCUUUCAUGAAGGAUUUCCAAGCUAAGCAUGCUUGAAUUUUAUUUUAUUUUAUGCUUUUGGCUUUUAAUAUUUUGCAACCCUUUAUAAUUAUGUUAUGUUGGUUUAUUUUGAGUUAAGAGUCGAAAUGAUGCUGAAUCUGUAACGGGAAUGAUACUUAAGCAUGUGUCGGUGCUUAUUGAUUCUUGUGUACUUCUAGGAGUUUGUUUAGAAAUAUGGAAACUAUUAUUAGUACUAGUAGAAGUUUAAUGAAAAAUAUAUUUUCUUUUGUU